AGAUGGAUUCAUCUGAGUCUAUUUAAGACACGACCUCUAAAUGAAGGACACACUCUCAACCGUCUUUCUGGCUUGAUUGAUCAUAGCCCUAGGAUAGAGAUCGGAGGCAUCAACCAUGUCUGUUUUAUAUGCUUGUAAGCUCUGCUUCCUCCUUGCUCUGCUGAAUUCGGCCAGCCACGCCGUCGCCGGCAAUGUGGCACCACCGACACUGAGCGCCGGAUUCAGUCUGCCUAUCGUGUCCAACCACAACACAGCCGGCGGGCUCGGGCAGUUUGACGCGAACCUCACGAGCAUAGGUCCGCACAUAGCACCCGUGGGGUGGCCCUUGUACGACGUCCUCGUCGGCGUUGGCUCUGGCCAAACCCGGCACUUUUACAAGCUUGGGCUGGACCUCGUCGGCAAUCUGACGUGGAUGCAGUGCAAGCCCUGCGUGCCCGAGGUUCGGCAGGAGGGCGCCGUCUUCGACUCUGCUGAGUCCCCUCGCUACAAGCACAUGAAGCCCGCAGACCCCAAGUGUAGGCCCCCCUACACCCCCUCCGGCCAGAACCGGUGCAGCUUCUACACCACCUCCUGGAACGUCGCCGCGCACGGCUACCUCGGCAACGACACGUUUGCCUUCGCCGGCAGCCCCGGCGCAGGAGGACACAACAGGGACGUUGACAACCUCAUCUUGGGUUGCGCACACACGACGAACGGGUUCGAGCACCUGAGCCACAACAUUCUCGCCGGGGUCCUGAGCUUGAGCAGGCACCCGACGUCGUUCAUGAGCCAGCUCACCGCACGCGGGCUGGCCGACUCACGGUUCUCAUAUUGUCUCUUCCCCGGACAGAGCCACCCCAACGCCAGGCACGGGUUCCUCCGCUUCGGCCGCGACAUCCCGAGGCACGACCACGUGCACAGCAUGCCGCUGCUGUUCACUGGAUCGGGCUACGGCCAAAGUAGCAUGUACUACAUCCACGUCUUCAGCAUCAGCUUGAACGGGAAAAGGCUUAACGGGGUAAAGACGGCGAUGUUUAGGCGGGAUCCACAAACCCGUCGCGGGGGGUUCGUCGUCGACCCCGGGACUCCCCUGACCAGGCUGGUUCGCGCGGCGUAUGACGUCGUGGAGGCCGAGUUCGCGGCAAACAUGCACAAGCAGGGGGCGCGCCGCUUGACGGUGCCGGUGCAGGGGUACCGCCUCUGCUUUGGCUCGUGGGCCCACGCGCACCUCCCGAGCUUGACCGUGACCCUGUACGAAGACGCGACCAGGCUUUUUAUCAAGCCGGAACUGUUAUUCAUGAGGGUGAACCAUGAGCACCUGUGCUUCGCCGUCGUGCCGGACGAGGAGAUGACGGUGCUCGGCGCGGCGCAGCAGGUGGACACGCGGUUCACAUUUGACCUCCCGGGGAAUCGUCUCUACUUUGCCCAGGAGCAUUGUAGUGCUGACACUCGCCCAACUGUCUAGAUCCUAGAGAGUACUAUAUGUAUCUGCGCCAAAUGCAUUCAUCAUUAGUUGGUGCAUAAACCGAUGUGGGAACAAUUUAAGAAUAAUGGGUUACAUUCCUAAUUAUAAUGCUGAAUUUAAUGAUGAUGAUUGGUGCAUUCUUACCCUACCCUCUUUGGAAGCAUUUUGCAGGAUGUUUAAGUAUGAAAGAUUCGCUGUUUUUUCUUUCCUUUUAGUAUUCACUAUUUACUAUGGUUUACUUUGUAGACUCCCUCCGAUGCAAAUUAUCUGGAGGAAAGCUAUGUAUGCCAAAAUGUGAAUUUAGAUUAUUAUUACCCUCCUGGAGAUAUAAUACUAGCAAGUUGGGGAGACUGUUUGAUUUCUACUGCUGCUGUACAUAGUUUUUGUGCAAUAUGCCUCAAGUUUCUGCGGCAUCAAGUAAUAAACAUUACUGUGCGCUAGAUCAGUUUCUGUGUAUAUGAAUCACGGACCGACUACUUGCUUGCUCGUAGACUGGUUUAGUAAUAAAUUUUUCUCGCUAAAUGUCAAAACACCCUUGAACUUGGUAUGAGUGCUAGCCGAUGAUUUUCAGUUGUAGGCUAUCCAGUGUCAGGCAAUAGUUGUUGUUUGCGCUGUUGCACAUUUAGUAAUUAUUUGGUAUUAAAAGAAGCAGUGGUGCAAUUUUUGUUGAGAAACUGAGCUUUAUCUGGUGAUUUAUGAUCAGAUGCGUUCUCAGGCCGCUUAUAGUGAGCCAUUCGGCUUCGGCGCUGGUAAUUAUAGCCUCCCGUGGGUUGGGGUUAAGAUAGUCUAGACAUUUUCUUUGAAUCGAUUGACGCAUGAGCUUGCCUUUUACCAGAUCUACAAGUAUUUUGUUGCGUGUGCGACUUGUUUUACAUAUUUUCUUUCUACAUUCUAGGGUGUGUGAUGUGUCAAGCUGUUGUUGACUUGAUGCGUGUGUUGU